AUGCUCUGGGUUUUGAACAGCUUCUUGAUAAUGAUGUCUCAGCUUUCUUCUCUUUUCAUUUUGCUAAGAAAUCAUGAGAUUACAGCAAAGGAUGUCCUCAAUCAUACAGACUGGUCCUUGAGCACUCUUUUUUUCUGUGGAAACAGAAACCUUCAAAGUCCACUGCCCCCUUUGAAAUCAGCCAUUCAAAAGUUCAACUUGUCUGCUGAUGUGGCAAAAAUUAAAACUGCCAUCAAGGAGGCCUCUCGGCUUAAAACUGAGGACCAAAAGAAACAGGCCCUUGUAAAAAUUGCUAUGGACAAUCGUCUUUCUUUAUAA